AUGAUUCAAGCGGUCCGCAGACAAGUCACUGCAAAAUCCAAGCAGCCUCUCGACAUCGUGUUAUCCGACACACUGACUGAGGCUGCAUUCGAAGCUAAGUGCCUCGGUUUAUUCUGGGAAUCUUUCCUCCCAUUUGGCCGCUCCAUUCCAGAAACUACUAUCUCUUGUGCCUCCAGCGGCUGGACGCUCCUCGCACAGGAUUUGUAUCUCCACGAGCCCAUAUUGCGCAAUGCUCUCAUCGCUUUCGCACUGGCCAACGUUGGAAAGAGAGAUGACAAGCAAUGGAUGCGAGAUGCAGGGCUUAGGAUUUACGGAAAAGCCUUAUGCAGAAUGAGAGGGGCGCUAGUUAAUCCGUUACAGGCCAAUUACGAUGGAAUCUUGGUUGCCACUAAGAUAAUGAGCCUCUUCGAAAUGUUCCAUGGAGAUGAUAGGCAAGACAAAGCUGCUCAAGCACGUGCUUGGGUUGACCAUGUGAAAGGGGGGGUUGCAAUCUUCCUCGGGAGAGGCCCGAAGGGGUGCGCCAGCGGCGUCAGUCAUCGCAUGUUUUGUGAUGGGCGUGCAAUUAUGUCCAUCCUAAGCAGCCCAGCCUGGAAGCAAGUACCCUGGAGCCUAGAACCCAAGUCUGCCACGGACAACCUGGUUGACAUUUUGGUGGAUAUUCCCACCAUCUUAGAGAAGUUGGACGACCUACAAGGCGAGACUGAUGUAGAGAAAAAGCGCAAGCGACAAGAAGCGUUGCUUCAAACUUGCUGGAAAUACGACAGAGACCUACUUGCGUGGUUCAUAUCAUUUAGCCCCAACAAGGUGGCGGACAAUUUUGAACACGAGCCGGACGCUGAGAUAUCUAUGGAAGACAUUGCCAGAACCCACACGUUGAACCUAUACUGGACUACCUGUCUUAUCCUAUACAAUGCAAUGCGCAGGAUAGCAGUCUCGCCCACGGAGCUGCCAGCCCGAAUUGACCCGUUGAUCUGCUGCCGUAACAUUGCGCGGUCCUUGCCAAUCUUCCUCAAGAAAAAUAGCGGCUUGUGGUGUCUUAGUAUUGUCCUCUUCCCUGUGGGCAUGGCGCUUAGAUUCCUCUCGGCGGAGAAAGACAGCGACGAAUAUUCUCGGAUACGAUAUUUCAUUGACCACGGAGUACAGGGCUUUCAUCUUGGUCAAUUCCUGAAUAGCAGCCGGCGCAACGCGUCCGCUUUACUCCUACAUAAUAGUAAAUGA